AUGCACUACAGUUUAGCUCUUUCCUUCCUUGCCAUCAGCGGCACUCGUGCCCUCCCACAUUACGCUGCUCGGGCCGCCGACACAUCAAUCACGGUCUCCCUCUCCAACGGCAAGACGCUGAACACUGACUCGAAGUUCGGCGAGCAGCUUCCUCAGACUAUCUCUGUCGCGGAUGGCCCUUUCACCACAGUCAACUUGACCCUCGGCGCAGACGUUGACCUGCAAGACCUGCGCUGCCAGAUCGUCGACGUCGACAAGAAGCCCAUCGUCGUUCUUCGAGGCGGGAACGUCGACAUCACCUUCGCCGACGGCGGUGCAGGCGCCUGGACGCUACGCGAGCCAUCCAAGGUCAGCAGCAUCACCUGCGACCCGAAAUUCAAAAAAAUCAGCCCUGACGACGACCGACUCAACCUGAAAGUCAUCCUCAGUAAUAUCCUGACCGAGACCACCAGCCAGACGGAUUUCAAAGCUGGUGUUCUCGAGAAGACCAGCCCCAAUGGUUCAGUUGGGCCGUACAAGACCGUCGAGUUGAAGGUCGGUGAGUUUGUCGCCGUCCAGACCCAGCGAUGCCAGGUUCUAGACAAGGCUGGCAAGCCCGUCACUGUCAAGCGUAACGGUGUCACUGAUAUCACCUUCGCCGAUGGCGGUGCUGGCGAGUGGACUUUCAACGCCGACACUAAGAUCGAGAAGAUCAUCUGUGAUCCGAAGUUCGUCGCUGACCCGCAGUAA